UCGAGGAUGGCUGACGCCUGCGCGGAAGGCGCUGAGCGGAGUGAAGAGCAAGGUCGAGCGGCGGCUACAGGCAGUGCGCGCAGGGGUGCGCUGAGGAGAGAGAUAGGGGUGCAACUGCCAACGCAGGCGAACUAGCUGUGUCCGGGAGCGGAGGGGGGAGCCGAGCGGGGAUGGCCGACCCCUUACGCCGGACUUUGUUCGCCAAGCUGAGGGGGAAGAAGCCCAAGAAGACGGCGAGCAGUGUCUCAAGGGGCCACGAAGGUAAAGCGAAGCUCCUUCAGCAGCAGCGGCGGCGGCGACAACAGUUCCAGGCCGGGCCCGGGGCGUUUGGGUUAGGUGGACCGGCGGGCGUCAGUCGGGUCUCCCCGGUCCCGGGCGGAGGAGAGGAUGAGAGGCGGAGCGUGUGCGAGGACCUGGCCGGUCCUCCGCCUCUGGACCCCAUCCUGGCCGACCACGACGACGACGACGGCGGCGGCGAUUACUAUGACAACCGGCGUCGGCGGGCCUGCAGGGCUCGGCGGCCGUGUCUGGGCGGCCAGGCCGCUUCGCCGUGCCGCCGCGAGAGAGAGAGGCUGAGGAGCCGGCUGCAAGAAGCCUAUUACCUGCUCAUCCACGCCAUGCACGGCAUGCCCACGGACACCCCCGCAACCGCGGGCUAUCUCCGGGGCACCCCCUCGCUGGCCACGGCCUCCUCUGGCCAGCUUGACCUCCUCCGCCGGCAGCUCUCCACUUCAUUGCCUCCUUCCCGGAGUCAUCUCGCCAGCCAGAGCCCGACGGCUUCCAGAUCCUCUCUGCAGCGGUCAGUGAGCGACGGGGUCAUCGAUUACCUUUCCAUCCUCACUGACCGGUCAGUGGCGAGCCCGCCUGGCUGGGGCCAAACAUCCCCCCAGGCUGGGGGCUCGCACCCCGACCAUUUACCCUCUUCAGUCUGUGUGAAGCCUUCAGAAAGUAAUAUGGUGCCCCGUUACGCCGGGUCUAAGCUGAAUAAGUUGGGGGGUCCCGGUGAUGCGGUCUGCGGAUCGUGCGACCAGCAAAACGAUAGGCAGGGCUCCUCUUUAAAACCACCUGCAGUGACGGUCAACAAAAUGCAGGAGUGGAUGCACAGAGGGCGCAUGCUGUCCUUGGAGAUGAAAGAGCGCAUUAGCGGGUCCGUAAAAGCCAGCCUGCCAUCUGGUUCAUUGCCAGGUCAGGCAGCCCGUAAAGUGGAAGCGCAGAAGGCGAGUUCCCCUGUGGCCGUCAGGGUGCAAGGGAACAAAACGGCCUCGCCCCCCGCCACCCAGAGGGUUUUCCUGACAGAUUUCAUUGAAAAUGUACACGCCUCUUCAAAAAUAAGGAGAGAAUUGAAAACCUCUGAAGCUAACAAGAUCAAUGAAUACAAGCCACACAUAAACAACAUCACAGUGUCCAAAAAAAGAAACUGGCUACAGCAGAGUUCUCUGAACCCUUAUUUGAAUGAGGAGACUAAUUCCCCCGUAUCAUUAGAGUUAACAAACCACAUCACUGGUCCAAGCCCUUCGCCGGAAAACAAACAACAACCUGCAAUUUUACCUGAAGAGACUGACCAACAAAAUAACCACAGAAUUGCUACAGAGAUUAUUUUGGAUCAUGGUGAAGAAAAUGAUGCAGAUGACGAGGGGGAGAUAUGGUAUAAUCCCAUCCCAGAGGAUGAAGACGUUGAUAUACCACAAACACAGUCCCUUCCUGGGAGCUGUCUGGCUAAAACUGAAAAUUCAGAAGGCAUGCAGAUCAAAUCACCCAAAUUGCCUGUCAGUGAUUUGGUUAAAGGACAAGUAACCUUGGGAAUUCCUGUAAAUUGCUCUGAAAGUGUGAAGGAAAUCCAGGUAGCUUCAGUGACUGAUCUGAAUCGGGCAAAUUGUGUGAAUUCUACGAGUUCUACAAAUUCCACCGAAUGUGGGCAGCUGCAUAGGCAGAUGUGUGUGUGCAAGUCUAACAGUGGGACAAAUAUGGAUGAGAGCUGUGUGCACAAACUGCCAUCUGCAGUACACACCAUGGAUCUUUUCAAUGGUUCCGUUUGUGCAGUGGAAGUAUUAGCAGCAACAACAACGAAUGAGUUUUCACCACCUUCCAGCCCUUCGCCUUUCAAAAAGGGGACUGCAAUUAAUUGGUCAUUACCAGAAAAGAUAAAAUCUCCUCGGACUGUGAGGAAGCUUUCAAUGAAAAUGAGAAAACUUCCAGAAAUUAGCAGAAAAUUGAGCAUUAAAGGGACUUCCAGCCAUAACUACAAUGAUUCAGUUUCUAAAGGCACCUAUGGAUCUUUAUCUCCUGGGAUUUUGACGAAUGCUGCUAGUAGAAAUGUUAUCAGUCGUUAUCACCUGGACACGAGUGUUGUAUCACAGAACUGCAAAAAGAAAAAUUUGGGGGGCUCCAAGUCUGCUAGCAAAGGUGGCUACCUUAGUGACGGGGAUUCACCAGAACUUGUUGCCAAAUCGGGUAAGCACUCCUGUGAAAGUAAACCAGCAAAGGGGAAUGUUGCUUCAACCCCCCAUAAAACACACAGUGCAGAGAUUGACGUUGAUGCUUUUAGGCACUACAGUUUUGUGGAUCAACCCAAAUGCUCUCAAUAUAUUUCUGGACUAAUGAGUGUUCAUUUUUAUGGUGCCGAGGAUUUAAAGCCACCAAGGAUUGAUUCCAGAGAAGUAUUCUGUGCUAUACAAGUGGAUUCUGUCAACAAAGCCAGGACAGCCUUGCUCACCUGCAGAACCACAUUUUUGGACAUGGACCACACAUUCAAUAUUGAGUUGGAGAAUGCACAACAUCUCAAGUUGGUUGUCUUCAGCUGGGAGCCAACGCCUCGGCGGAACAGAGUCUGUUGCCAUGGCACCGUUGUACUCCCCACACUCUUCAGGGUAUCCAAGAUGCACCAGCUGGCAGUAAAGCUCGAGCCCAGAGGGCUCAUUUAUGUGAAGCUCACCCUGAUGGAGCAGUGGGAAAACUCACUGGACAGCCUAGACGCAGAGCGAGAGCCAAUGGUAUUUGGUGUUGAGGCACGAAAAAUAGUUGAGAAAGAAAACACGGGCUUGAGGGUGCCAUUGUUGAUGCAGAAAUGUAUAGUGGAGAUUGAGAAAAGAGGUUGUCAGGUUGUGGGCCUAUAUCGACUUUGUGGCUCUGCUGCAGUUAAGAAAGAAUUAAGAGAAGCUUUUGAGCGUGACAGCAAAUCUGUUGGCUUAUCUGAGAACCUGUAUCCAGAUAUCAAUGUAAUUACAGGUGUUCUCAAGGACUACCUGAGGGAACUGCCAUCACCAUUGAUAACGAAGCAGCUAUAUGAUGCUGUUCUGGAUGCCAUGGCUAAGCAACCCCUCAAGAUUACCUCUUCUGGGUGUGAGAAUGACCCGAGUGACUGUGAGUACACAGCCAGUCUCCUGGACUGCCUGCCGGAAGUGGAGAGGGCAACACUGAAGAUGCUGCUGGAUCAUCUGAAGCUUGUUGCUUCGUACCAUGAGGUCAAUAAGAUGACCUGCCAGAACCUGGCAGUGUGUUUUGGGCCUGUACUCCUAAGCCAGCGGCAAGAGGCCUCCAACCAUAGCAAUAGGGUUUUCACAGACUCCGAGGAGUUGGCCAGUGCGUUGGACUUCAAGAAGCACAUCGAAGUAUUGCAUUACCUACUUCAACUCUGGCCAGUGCAAAAUGCCGGUACCAAAGAGUACGGGGAAGGUGGUGGAUUUCCUAAACCAGACAAGUCAGUGAAUUGUGUGAGGAGGAGGAAGCAGCGACCUACAAUGCUAAACUUAACAAAUUCCGAGAUGCCGAGUGUGCUGCGUUCCAGACAGGUUAGGCUCGACAGUCCUAGCAAUCGCUAUGCUGGGGACUGGAGCAGUUGUGGCGAAAGUUACCUCCUGAGGCCAAAGGAAGAGAGUGCUGAGGCGGACUAUGACGAUGUCCCUUCAGAAGACACUGGGAGUGAAGAGGAGAACUUAAUGACAGAUGGGACAAAUCGUGUACCGCAACCACAUGCAGAGCCAGAAUCCAAAGAGCAAGUACACGAGACUUAUGUUAGCGUGGAGGAAAUCAGUCCAGCAUUGAAAGAUCGAGUGAACCUUAAGGAUCUUCAAGAAAGUAUUGACACACUAAUUGGAAACUUGGAACGAGAACUGAGCAAAAACAAGCUAAAUGUCACUUGUUAAGCUACCCUGUCAAUUAGGGAGAGUUCCAGCCAACAGUUGUAUCAGCCAUUUUCUAUGAUGGGAGUGCUCUUUCAGUAUGAGAUGUAAUGUGAGUUAUCUUGGGUCCGUUGACUCAUUUUAGGCAUUCCAGGGUUUUUGUUGAGGCCCUCCGAUGGUCAUAGUCGACCAUGCAUGUUGCAUCCUAACUGUCUACAUUAUCAGUUGAUACUCAAGUUAGGGCAGUACAAUAUGUAGAGCAAACUGCUGCCCAUGCAUGCAGCAGGCUCCCCUUCUCCAAGCAACUGAUGAAUCCAAAGGAAUGGCAGAGACUGAUACAGUUUGGCACCAGCAGCAUCGCAGGAGUUGCCAGUCAGCAUUGAGCUCAAUGUAGGACUGCCUUAGGGACUCCAGAUCUGAAUUUUUCCUCUGGGUUUACUCCCGAAGCCUUCCUCAUGAGUGGGUAUAGCCGCAAGGCAGUGGAGGUUUAAGAUCAGAGUUUUCCUUUUCCUAGAUGAGCUGCCAGCCAUGGUUGACGAGCCCCAUCUGCUCGGAGCAACUGGUUUUAAGGUGCCAGGAGUUCGCCUUUGCCCCUUCUCCUGUCAGUAGGUAAGCUUCUGCUGGGCUUAGUAGCUAAGCCAUAUGUGAAAGCCAGGAGCUGGACUUGGUUGUCAGAGGCUAUUUGAGCCGCAUGCCAUUGGGAGCAUUUAAUAGGUAAUGGGAGCUUGUCCCUACUACUGUCUCCCCUCCGGCUAUGACAGCUUCCAGGAACCAGGACCGUUGUACAUGUAAGUUUUUCUUUUCUUCAUAUUGGAAGAAUUCAGUGGAUUGACCCCAAGGGGUAUGUGGUGCCUUAAAGGCAUGUUAUUUUACAGUACUGUAGACUGAGCACUGUGUUCAGGUAGGAAUAUCAGCAGAUGCACUUAUGAAUGACGAGGACUUUUGAAGGAGACUAGCCAUUAUCACUCAGCAUCCUGAGUCGUCUUUAAGCUCACCUCUGAUCAUCCUCAUGUUUAGAUGCUGCUUGGCAGAUCUUUCUGCAGUGAGACAGAGUGUUUUUUAACAGCAAUAGUUACCAAUUAAAGAUCUGCCCGUCACUGUUCAUUUGCAUUGUAAUACAAAGGCUGCUAUGAAGAAACUAUAUGCACAGGGGAGAAAAAAAAACCCUGCACAUUUUUUGGGUAAUGAAAAAUAUUGUAAGCUGUUAUCUUUCUUUGUUAUUAACACAUCUCUGUAACUGUAUUUAAAGGCAAAUCAAAGCAAAUGGUAUAUUUUUCUAACCCUUUAUAUUUUUGAUAAAGUGUUACUUACUGCCCAUUACGCCGCUGACGUUUCGGGCAGCAAUGAAGGUCCUACAUCUCUGGUGGUGUUCAGGGCUUCCUUCAUCCUGUCAGUAGCUUCCUCUCGGUUUCACUACUGUCAGCCAUGCAAGUCCCCGGGUGUAGACUCAGGAAUACUGUCGCACUCAGAUGUAGAAGGAUUCUUCAUUGGUGUUUUAUCAGUCAGGGUUGUUAGCCCUGAGCUGAACCCCAGAACCUGGAGGAGUAGUGGACCACUCUUAGUCUGGCUUCUACCCUUUGACGUCUUUGACAUGGGUGACCCUACCAAGAGCCAAAGCAUAAAGCCCUGACUCCAGCCAACAUAGCUGUCUGGGUCAUUGAGGCACACAAACCUCUAAACCACACCAAGGUUGUGGUCCACUUGGAGCUUUGAUUAAGUAUGAUUUGCAUGUAUAGUGAUGCACGUACCAGAAGACCAAAUACCAUUAGAUAUACUGCCUGAGAAAUGUAUAUAUAAAUAUAUAUAUAAAUGCACGAUAAAGAGAGCUGUGAGGAAGUGUUUUUAAUAUAAUGUGGCUAAAUAUUUUUCAACACCUGCUAUGGCAUUAUGCUUGCUUAUGACAGAUUUUUAAAAAUUUAGAGAUACAGCAUGGUAAGCUGGCCCUUCUGGCCCAACAAAUCUCUGCUGCCCAAUUACACCCAUGUGACCAAUUGACCUACUAACCAGUAUGUCAUUGGAAUGUGGGAGGAAACCAGAGCACUGGAAGGAACCCAGGCCAUCACGGGGAGAACAUACAAACUCCUUACAGAUAACAGCAGAAAUUGAACCCCAGUUGCUGGCAUUGUAAAGCGAUGAUCUAACUCAAUCUUUGCCUCUAUCUUGUACACCUCUAUCAAGUCACCUCUCAUCCUCCUUCGCUCCAAAGAGAAUAGCCCUAGCUACCUCAACCUAUCUCCAUAAGACAUGCUCUCUAAUCCUGGUAAAUCUCCUCUGCACCCUCUAAAGCUUCCACAUCCUUCUUAUAAUGAGGCAAUAAUUAAGACCAUUAGGAGCAGAAUUAGGCCAGUCAGUCCAUUGAGUCUGUUCUGCCAUUCCAUCAUGGCUGAUUUAUUAUCCCUCAUUCUCCUGCUUUCUCCCCGUAACCUUUGAUGACCGUACUAAUCAAGAACUAUCCACCUUUGUUUUCAUUAUACCCAAUGACUUGGCCUCCACAGCUGUCUGUGGCAAUGAAUUCUGCAGAUUCACCACUCUCUGGCUAAAGAAAUUCCACUUCAUCUCUCUGACCUUUGGUCCUAAACUCCCCCACUAUUGAAAACCUCCUUUCCACAGCUAGGCCUUUCAAUCUUCAAUAGGUUUCAAUGAGACUCCCCUCUUAUUCUUCUAAACUCCAGUGAGUAUAGGGCCAGAGCCAUCAUAAGGUCAUCAUAUGCUCCUCUUCAGCCCAUCCAAACCUUGCCAAACUGUUGUUCUGAUUAAUCCCUUUAAGCCACAACUGGACCACAGCCCUCCAUGCUUUAUCCAGACUUCUCUUAAAUGUUGUAAUCAAUGCCACAUUCACCAUUUCUGCUGGCAUUUUGUUCCACACUCUCACCACCCUCUAAGUGAAGAAGUUCCCCUUAAAUAUUUCACCUUCCAUCCUUAACCCAUGACCUCUAGUUCUAGUCUCAACCAAUCUGAAUGGAAAAAACUUGCUUGCAUUUACCCGAUCUAUACCCCUUAUUUCAUACGCCUCUAUCAAAUCUCCCCUCAGUUUUCUGUGCUCCAGGGAAUAAAGUCCUAACCUUUUCAAUCUUUCCCUAUAACUCGGGUCCUCUGGUUCUGACAACGUUUUGUAGAUUUUCUUUGUACUCUUUCAAUCUUAUUGAUAUCUUUCCUACAGGUGGGUGACCAGCACUUCACACAGUACCCCAAAUUAAGCCUCACAAAAGUCUUAUAGGGGGUGCCACCUAGCAUAGUGGUUAGCGCGAUGCUUUUACAGCUCAUACAGUUGGAGUUCAGUUCUGGCAUUGUCUGUAAGGAGUUUGCACAUUCUCUCAGUGACUGCAUGGGCUUCCUCCAAGUGCUUCAGUUUCUUCCCACAGUUCAAAGACAUACCAGAUAAUAGAUUAAUUGGUCAUUGUGAAUAGGCUACAGCUACGGUUAAUUAUAGGUGCGUUGAUGGGUGUUGCGGCUCUUUAGGGUGGAAGGGCCUGUUCUGCGCUCUAUUUCAAAAUAAAAUAAAUUGUACAACUUCCUUGUCUAAUUUGAGCCUGUGUAGAAUCAUUUCCACAUCGGCCUCAAAGUUGGGUCAGACAUUGAGCAGUUCUGUACAUAGUAUCAUAGUCACUCCUGCCUCCUUAUUUCUAACAAUUAAUUCUGUCCCUUGGACCUCUGUAUCUGCUACCCUGGAAAAGGGUUCUACUGAAUCAGUAUAGAAGUGGCAUCUUUCACAAUGUGCAUUCCUGUCAGUUCUCCAUGCCCUUAAAUCAAAAUUCUGCUCAUUCUUUCACAUAUGCAGCCUAACUGGGGUGAUGAGCUAACAAGUUUUACAGAAACAGUACUGUUACAACUGAGAUUGAAAACAGGCCAACUUGCAUAACCUAAAGUCAAUUAAAGUUUAACAUCUGGAGUUAAAAAUUACAGGCAGCUUGUAUUUCCCAGUCUCACAAAUUAACAUGUGCAAAAGUGCUUAGAGAAUGAAUCACAUUGUCCUGGAGCACUCAUUCGUUCAUUAUGUUCCAUGUCUAUGACCAUGACUGUCCUUGGCAAAUUUCUCUUCGGAAGUGGUUUGCCGUUGCCUUCUGGGCGGUGUCUUUGCAGGACAGGUGACCCCAGCCAUUAUCAAUACUCUUCAGAGAUUGUCUGCCUGGCAUCAGUGGUCCCAUAUGCAGGAUGUGAUAUGGAUCAGCUGCUGAUACGACCAUCCACUUCCUGCUCCCAUGAUUUCACAUAACCCUGAUUGGGGAGCUAAGCAGGUGCUACACCUUGCCCAAGGUGACCUGCAGGCUAGCGGAGGGAAGGAGUGCCUAAUACGUCCUUUGGUGGAGACAUAUCUCCACCCUAUCACCCACACAGAGCAUUACAGCGCAGAAGUAGCCCAGUUUUUGCUUAGUCCCAUCGACCUGCGCAGGAACCAUAGCUCUCCAUACCUCUCUCAUCUAUGUGCCUAUUACCACAUUAUCAGUUAAAUCAUUAAUACAGAUGACAAACAGCAAUGGGCCCAGCACCUAUCCUUAGUUUCCAAUUUCUAGGGAUUAGAUCUCCUAGUUUCAAAUUAUUAACUAUGGAUUUGAUAUACUGCCAUUUUAUUAUUUAAGCUAAGGUUGGCCUUAAUCUUUUUUACAGCUGCAAUGUUUUCAGACACUGUUUUAAAUAUUUACUGAAAAUAUGAAGUCAUAUGACCGAAUAAACACGAUAAAAGUUGCCACUGCUAUGUCACGUUACCUUGUGUUUCAACUUGCUUUUAAUGUGUAUACUGUGUAUAAUGUGAACACAUUUGGCCAUCUUAGUUUUAAUUAACACUCCUCACAGCUUGAAGAUCUUUGUAAAGGGUUUUCAGGCUUUAAUUUAUCUACUGAAUUGUUAUUCAUGUGCUUUAAUAAUCCCGUAUGCAUUAUCUGUUACACAGAAGUAUAGUUGCCUUGAACUGAUAAAGUAUCAUUAAACAUGUAAAUAUGACUAUAUACUGAUCUGAGCACACUGCUGUGCACUGAUACCAAUAUUUAACAAAUUCACUUUCUUUCAUCCUAUUAAAACGUGGUGAAACAUGGAUCAUUUCUACUACGUUAUUUUGUAUCUAUUUUAUAUCUGUGCCGUUCAAUAUAUGUAUAGUAGUGAGAUUACUUGAGUCGAGUAUGAUGCUUUCCUGAGGGAU